AUGACAUCUCAUACAGAACUUGGGUCAAGUCCAGGUAGCGACUCGUCGCAAGGAAUUAUCUUCACCCCAGCUGGUUCAGUGUCUCCCUUGCCCACGAAUCCAGCAUUCCACUCGCAACCUGGCAUAGCACUACAGUCCCUGUCGAAGAAGAAGGAGGAAACCCACUGGCCUAGGCCGGGAGCGCAGCAGAACUACAGCGAUACAAAGGACGAAGCAGGCUACGAGUCUGAUGCAGGCGAUAUGUCUGGAGGGCCGCCUUUGCACCGCCCAACAGGCGGCUUCUCCAACACAAGCGCACCACUAUUGAAGGAGGACAAGAUGCCUCGAGGACGAAGGGACUCCUAUGAACGGGAGCACGAACGAUCGGUAGGCUCACGAAAACCAACUCGUAACACAUUCCGCUCACGUUCACCUAAGCAAGCCCGUCCCGAAGACCAGGCUCGAAAGAAAUACCUCUACGCCUCGUUCUUCCUUGUCCUGUCCCUUAUCUCGUUCGUGAUUCAGACCGAGACGGCAGUCUACAUACAACACAAAUUGCAUUGGAACAAGGCGUAUUGCAUGCUAUGGUUGACUCACGGGUCUUGGUCGCUAUUGUGGCCGACACAGCUUCUGAUAUUACGGCUACAAAAGAGACGGCAAUCAUGGCAUAGUUUCUGGCUGAGCCACAGAUCGUUGCUGACAAGCACAGCUCAAAUGGUACAAACGCAAGACCUACAUCCUAGCAAACUCAGCGCACCGAGACCUUGGAAACAUAUGUUCCAAGUAACAGCAUUCGUUACGACGUUUCUUACAGUGGCCGGCGGCAGCUGGUAUGUCGCAGUCGACCUCACCACUCCUUCCGACCUAACAGCAAUUUACAACUGCUCAGCCUUUUUCGCUUAUGCAUUCUCCAUACUCCUACUGAAAGAGAAGGCACGACUAGACAAGAUCAUCUCCGUCGCAUUAGCCAUCCUGGGCGUCUUAAUCGUUGCAUACGGCGACAGCGGCCAUCCCAAACAUGGCUCACACUCUGGAGGCGCCACAAAUCCGCAACCAGACGAGCCAGAUAACCGAACCCUCGGUAAUCUCAUCAUAGGAAUCGGAAGCGUCAUGUACGGCCUCUACGAAGUCCUUUACAAAAAAUACGCGUGCCCACCAGAAGGCACCUCCCCAACUCAAGGCAUGUUAUUCGCCAACACCUUUGGCAGCAUGAUCGGCAUAUUCACCCUCUUCGUCCUCUGGAUCCCUCUGCCAAUCCUACACUAUACAGGUAUUGAGACAUUCGCCCUCCCCACAGGCAAAGCGGCUGCACUCCUCGCUGUCUCGACCCUCUCAAACGCAAUUUUCUCAGGCAGUUUCCUUGUCUUGAUGUCCCUGACCUCACCAGUCCUGUCCUCCGUAGCCGCACUACUUACCAUUUUCCUCGUCGCGAUCACAGACUACUUGCUGACGGGCGAGCCUCUCUCGGGAGCUACCAUCAGCGGUGGUAUCCUUAUCGUCGUGGCUUUUGGACUGUUGAGCUGGGCUACGUACAGGGAGAUGAUGCAAGAGGAAAAGAAGCGUGUUGAGGAGGAGGGGAAGAAUUUUGACGAGGUAGAGGCUAUGCUUGAUGACGAUGAAGCGUUGGAUGAGGACUCGUUUGAAGAGGAUAGUUUGGGGAGGAAGGGGAAACGGCGUGUUAGUGAUUGA